UUGACGAUGUCGGUCGCCAAAGUCCGAAACUGUUGUCAGAGUGCAUCAUUGUGGCCGGAGAUGAGUAUAUUGUGAUUUGUUUACAUGUUCUCGUUCGUAAUUCAGCAAAAGUAGCAUUUCUCUUCGACACACAGACAAAAUGGAACUUCCACAGCCACCUCCCGUUUUGAAGCAUCGACAAGCUCGUGAACAACACCAGCCACAACACUCAAAUCAGGGUCAAGGUCAACCAUCAAUGCAUCAGCCUCCUCCUCCACCACCCCCUCCCCCUCCCCAAGGAGGUUUUCCUGGAGGAGGUGGUAGCGGUUCAUUCCCUGGUCAGAAUUUUCCCCCAGGGUACCCCUACCCACCCACUUCAGGAUAUCCUGGAGCAGAUGUCAACCAGUUCAAUCCUGGGAAUCCACCCUCGAGUGGAUUUUCUCAAGGGCAGUACCCUCCACCUCCUCCACCUACAAGUGAACCACCACCACCUACGUCAUUCCCUCAGGUCACGUCAGCCUUUCCACCAACUGGAGAGCCUAAUUAUGCCCCAUCUCCUAAUUUUGCUCCUCCAACAACUUCUGAACCUCCGUUCUCACACAGUCAGUCUUUCCCUCCGCCACCACCAGGAGAUGCUACAUAUACAGCUCCUCAGGCUGGUGAACCUGGUGCCUUCACAACUAACACGACUGGAUAUGUGCAGCCUCCACCUCCCCCACCGCCUCCCCCUCCUUCAACCAAUGUGGAUGCAAUCACUGCCCAGCAACAACAGUUGCAGGAACAGAUCCAUCAGAGUGAACAGAAUUUGGCUGCUCAGCAGCAGGUUCUGGAGCAGCAGAAAGAAGUACAGGUCAGAGAAGGCAUUUACAUGGCCAGGGGCGAAUUACUGCGCAACGAGGCAAUAGAACUGGGAUUUUCAACACAAGAAGUUGAUGAAUUACUUGGACCUAUUACAGAAUCAUGCACAAAGGAUUCUAUAUCCAAUGGCAAGCACUGGAUAUUCACCAAUGCCCAGUCAUCCACCAAAAACAUAUGGAUAUCAAAGUAUCUUCUGUGGAAGGCUACUGCAAAUAAUGGUCCAUUCACACACAAGCUUCAUAUCAUCUAUCUGAUGAAUGAUGUCCUUCAUCAUUGUGUACGGAAAAAUGCUGAUGACCUGAAAGAAGCUCUAGAAAAGGUUCUGGCUCCAAUGUUCUGCAAUGCUAUGACGAUUGCUUCAGAAGACCAAAAAUCAAAGUUGGACAAGCUACUUAACCUAUGGGAAUCAAAAAUCAAACUAGAAGAUGAUGUGGUUAUGCAAUUGAAAAACCCUGUUGAGUCUUGGGGCAAUUCUGAAAAGGCAAUGAUCGAUGAGUUCCCACAAGUUGUUGCUACCAUUAAUCAGCACAUCGAUGCAACUUUCGAGGGAUACAAGCAACAGCACAAUGCAUUUGUGCAACAUGCCAAUGGUCAGAUACAGUCUCUCGCAAACCAGAAGCAACAGAUGGAGCAACAGGCGGCAGCGGCAGCGGCAGCAGCAGCAGCUGCUGUGGCUGCAGCUCAAGCUCCCGAAGCCUCUAGUAGUGACAUGUCUGCAGCACAAGGAAACAACUUUGGAGGUGCCCCUCCUCAACCUCAGUUCCCUCCACCUCCCUCUGGAGGCCCUCCCAUACCAUCAGGUCUUGAUUUUAACCAGCCACCUCCGGGAUUCCCUCCAGGUCUCCCAUUAGUUGAUUUCAGCAAGCCACCUCCUGGCUUUGCUGUUGAAGAACAGAAGGAAAAUUUAGUCCCAACUGUUCCAUACUACGAACUUCCAGCUGGACUUAUGGCACCUCUUGUAAAAAUAGAAAAUCACAAAUAUCGGCCUCUUGAUCCAGCUCAGUUGAGGCUUCCCCCACCUACUCCACCAAGUGAACGAUUGCUAAGAGCAGUAGAGAAUUUUUAUGCUCCCCCUUCACAUGAAAAACCUAGGAAUAGUGAAGGAUGGGAACAGUUGGGCCUUUAUGAUUACUAUAAAGACAAAAGUCAGUCUGUCAAAAGAAAAGAAAUGGAAAUAACAGAAGGAAUACGGGAGAAGUCUCGAUCCCCAUCACCGGUUGUGAUUGAGCCUCCUCCAGAAGAAGAGGAGAAACCAUCUGACCAGCCAAUUAGAAGAUAUAGGUCGGUAAGCCCAGAGGCUAUUGAAGAAAAAGUCAUGACUCGUUCCCGCUCCCGUUCUCCUAGUCACAGUCCACCACACGUAAGACGAAUGCCUAAACCACGAUCUCGAUCUCGGUCCCUUUCUAGAACACCACCUCCAAGAUCCCGACACAGAUCCCGGACGCCUUCACCACGCAGAAGUCGUUCACGCUCCGAGUCUCCUAGGCGUUCCGAGUCUCGUUCAAGAUCGCGAUCAAGAUCACCAAAAUCAUCUCCAACCAAAGUACCAUUUACAAGAUCACGUUCACGAAGCCCAUCGCCACCUUCUUUCAUGGGUGGAGGAGCUUUUCCCAAGUUAGACCAACGGUUGGAUGAGAAUAAUAAAGGUCACCAGAUGUUGCGAAAGAUGGGAUGGGGCGGUUCAGGCCUUGGUGUCAAAGAACAAGGCAUCAGUGACCCUGUAUCAGCUGCAGAGAUCCGUGACACACCGCAGGAGAGGUUCCGAGGGCUAGGUGUCCCCAGUGUUCAAAGUGACCCUUAUGAAGCUUUCAGAAAGAACAAAGGACAAGCAUUUAUUAAUAGGAUGAAAGCAAGGGCAGAGGAAAAGUAUUAGAACACUAUUUUUUAUUUUGCGAAAAUUUUUAUACGAUAGAGACAAUUAUGGCAUAAAGAUGAGAGCUUCUUGUAUCAGAUAGGAAUGUGGGUUCCAUGGUGUCUAAAUUCUAAAUGUUUGUGGUAGACAAAACUAUUGUUACUUAUGUAUACUAUCUCAAAUGGUGUAGAAUGUUUGUGUUGACAUUUGUUUAUUGCGAGCACUGUAUACCAAAGGGAGUGUACUUUUCACUAGAGAAGAAACAUGGUGAUUGAAAUUGAUGCAGAGACAACAGAAUCUGUUUGAAUACAUUGACUGAGGACUGAUGUAAAAAUUUGUGGUUAUGCAUACACUAAAUAUAUGCCAUAGAAUAUUUUUUAUGGUAUGUACGUGUUACAUACAAUAAAUAACUCUAAAGUCCCAUAUGUAUGUACAUACACUACAUAGUACAGUAUGUUACUUUGUGAUUUUUGUUAUAUACUUGGUAUAGAAUAUAUGAAAUAAUGUACAAUACUAGAUAAAUAGAUUGAUUGCGCUAUAUUAAAUGUAAGUACAUGUUAUCUAAGUAUGUUCCUGAUUUUGUGUUUUAUUUUGCUCCAGUGCAACAAUCUUACCUCAUGAUUGCAGGAAAGCUACAACAUCUAAAGCCCAUAUGAGAGUUACUACAGUAUCAUGAUAUCAGAUGGAAUGUAAAUGUUUCAGAGAUGGUAUUUGUACUUCAGUGUCUUGAAUUCUUUGCUUUGCCUUGGAUAUAUAUGUAUAUAUAUUUUUUAACAGCUA